CGUCAGUCUGCUGCUACCAGCGGGUCAGGAAAAGAUGGCGGCGGAGGCGAACAGGUUGAAGCAGCGGAAUCACAAAAACAGCAUCUUUAGAGAAGGUGGCCGCGGGUUUGAAUCCGACACAUCCCCGAUGAGGUGCGAGGAGGAGGAAGACGACGACCUGCUGGAGGAGGAGGAAGACGUCGGCGUGGCCCGGCCGGUGCAGAUCGUGGUGGCGGACGAGGAGGAGCACUCGUUCUCGCUGCAGGAGGAGGCACUGGAGCGGCUGCUGCUGCAGGAGGAGGUGCGGGACCUCCACGUGGUCGUCGUCUCCGUGGCCGGAGCUUUCCGCAAGGGGAAGUCCUUCCUGCUGGACUUCAUGCUGCGCUUCAUGUACAAACAGUCGGCUUCGUGGGUCGGCGGUGAGGAGGACCCUCUGACCGGCUUCACCUGGCGAGGCGGCUGCGAGCGGGAGACCACGGGCAUCCUGGCCUGGAGCGAGGUGUUCGUGGUGGAGAAACCAGACGGCUGCAAGGUUGCAGUUCUACUAAUCGACACACAGGGGGCGUUUGACAGCCAGUCAACCAUCAAAGACUGCGCCACCCUGUUCGCCCUGAGCACCAUGACCAGCUCUGUUCAGGUGUACAAUCUCUCCCAGAAUGUCCAGGAAGACGACCUCCAGCACCUCCAGCUCUUCACGGAGUACGGACGACUGGCCAUGGAGGAGGUCUAUGAGAAACCCUUUCAGAGUCUGAUGUUCCUGAUCCGAGACUGGAGUUACCCCUACGAACAUCCGUACGGUCUGGAGGGAGGACUGAGCUUCCUGGAGAAGCGGCUGCAGGUGAAGCAGAACCAACACGAGGAGCUGCAGAACGUCAGGAAACACAUCCACUCCUGCUUCUCGAACAUCGGCUGCUUCCUGCUGCCUCACCCUGGACUCAAGGUGGCCACCAACCCUCACUUCGACGGGCGGCUCAGAGAUAUCGACGAGGAGUUUAAGAAGGAGCUGGUGAACCUCGUUCCGACGCUGCUCUCUCCAGAAAACCUGGUGGAAAAAGAGAUCGGAGGAGUCAAGAUCACCUGCAGAGAACUGCUGCACUACUUCAAAGCUUACAUGAAGAUCUACCAGGGAGAGGAGCUUCCUCACCCCAAGUCAAUGCUGCAGGCAACAGCUGAAGCGAAUAACCUUGCAGCUGUAGCAGGAGCCAAAGACUUGUACAACAAAAGCAUAGAGCAGGUCUGCGGCGGUGACAAACCCUACAUUUCCCCGGCGGAGCUGGAGUGCCGACACGCAGAGCUGAGGCAGGCGUCUGUGCGACACUUCCGCUCCAUCAAGAAGAUGGGCGGCGAGGAUUUCUGCCGGCGCUACCAGGAUCAGCUGGAGGCGGAGCUCGACGAGGCCUACGCCAACUUCUGCAAGCACAACGACGGCAAGAACAUCUUCUUCGCCGCGCGGACGCCCGCCACGCUGUUCGCCGUCAUGUUCAUCAUGUACGUGGUGUCGAUGGUCACGGGCUUCGUGGGCAUCAACUCCGUGGCCACGCUGUGUAACCUGGUGAUGGGCGUGGCUCUGACGGCGCUCUGCAUCUGGGCUUAUGCCAAGUACUCCGGAGAGUUCCGCGAGGUCGGAGGAAUCAUCGACCGGGUGGCUGAAACCCUCUGGGAACAGGUUUUCUCCAAACUCUUCGAAGUGGCUCGGAGUCGAGUCCCGUUGGGAAGCCUGAUCCCGGCACCGCGGCCCCGGCUCGCCUCCAACAACAACGUCAAGAAGAAAAACUAGCAGAACGCCAUCACGUUUCCCGUCACAUUUAUUCCCCCCCCCUCUCCCUCACUCUCUGCUCAGUUUUUAAAAAAGAAAAAACGUUUUUUAGGACGGUUUGAGCCGUGUAAAUGAGUUUUUGUUCUCAGACUGUAGAUGAAGGUUCCUCACCGUGCUGGCUGUAGGUUUUAAGGACUCGCCGUAGACCGCGGACAAAGCAGUGUGAUGUAUUUUAUUAUUUGUCAGUGGGCGGGGUUAAGGUAUUUAUUGGUGGGAUGGGCCAUUAUUCAAUCACCGAGUGUCAUCCCAAGUGUGUGUGUGUGUGUGUGUGACACAAACGAUUCCCAUUUAUGUGAAUGUAUGAAUGAAGAGCAUGACCACAGACCCUCCUCACGGUUCCGCUCCUCCUUCCCGUCGUCUCAGUCAGGUCGGUUUCUGUCGCUGGGCGGCGUCACGAGGAGGAGUCACAACCAAAGUUUACAGCUUUACUCAUAGGAGGCUCGCAGACUGACAAACGGGCAGGAAACUGCAGCUGACAUUUUUAGGACUUCGAAAACAGUUCGGUUUCAAGGAAAAUUUGACAGUUUUUCCUUACUUACCCAGAAUCACAAACUCAUGGACGUGUGUAUAUAAACAUUUCUGUGCAGGCAAAGAGUGUGUUGAACAGUUAAACUUGUCUAGUUGACAAACGCGCCUCCAGAUGUGAUGAUUGUGGUCAACUCUGCUAUCUUUUAUGGCCGUUUAAAAUUACAUUUUUGCGGCAAAUAUUCACUUGGCUCUUCCUGGAGCUUUUAUCCCACAGUCUUCUUCUGUUAAUGGAACUUGCUGUCGUCACGUGACCUCUGUAGAGGACUUUGAUCUUGUGGGACACAGUCGAAAGCUCAGAGUAAACGUUAGCUUAGCAUUACUCGUUUUAUUGCUCUGCUGUGGGAGCAGAAAACAAGUGGGUCACAUAAUGGGUAUGAUUUUUAUACAUAUUUUAAAUACUAACUGUAAAUACCAAACGAGUGUGAAGUUAAUUUUGGGCUCCUGUGUAUUCGCAAAACUAUAACUAGCAUUUUUUUUAAACCCACAUCUUGUACAAUUACAUUAUCGACACAGUGAUUCCAACUCAUUUCAAAUAAAAAGGAUCCAGAUCCUUCAACAUGCUUCGCUCUUCCUGCACAGAGAAAACAUCUCCAGCAGAAAGUUACAGUUUAAAACCAGACGUCCAUGAGUUUGUCCGACUCUGUGAAAGUAGAACUGGAAGUAAAAUAAACUACAUUUCCCCGCAAAACCGGCUGACCCUUGAAGUAGCAAACUAAACGUUGACUCGAUUAUCUUACAUUGAUUGAUCUUUAUUUUUUUUAAGUGAUGACAUGAUCAUGAUUUUCAGUAUUAAACUUUUUUUGUUUUGUUACAUAUUUCAUGGAGAUUUUCAGACGGAUCUCACGUCAGGAGUCAGACGAUUAGGAACUAUUUCUUGACUGACAGUUUAUCAUUCCUCCACGGCUCCAACUUUGUACUUAAUUUAUAUUGAUCUCCAAAAAGAGAGAGUAAAUACUAUGAACUAUUCCUCAAGUCUUGAAUGAUCUCUGGAUUCUUAUUUUGGGAGAUCAUGCUUCUUAAUAUUUAACCUGGAAGUUCAUGAUGAUGCUCUGACCGCCAGCGUUUCAGAGAAGAAAGCUUUUAAACGUGUUCCUCCAGUCCAGUUCAGCUGAGACCUUUUUGUAGAUAAUAUGUUAGUCUGUUAUUUAAAUUGAGUGUACUUCCCUCUCCGUCAUUCCUCGUCUUUUAUUUUCAUCUUGACAAAUCUAAAUGACUGAAUCACCUCAUCUUGUUUUUAAAGCACCAGAAGCCGUUUAGUAAAAAUCCAUUUCAUCACCCACUUUUUAAAGCCAAAAUCCUUGAAUCGGAUGUAUGAAUGGUUCAUUCCAAACCUCAACACAAUGUCCUAUUCUUCAUUUAAAUAUCAUUCCAUCCACACCAACUUCACCACUGUGUGCUUUUGUUUUUGUACAGUUCAGUUUUUUACAGCCUCAUCCACACAUAGGGCAUGUGUACGAAAUAUAUACAUAUAUAAAUAUAAAUUUUCUAGACCUUUUUGUAGCUGGAAGAACAACGGUUUGGGUGGUAGACCAGAUUCAGCUCACUGGAUGUAAAGGAAUGCUUUCGUGAUUUGUGGAUAUGUCUAAUAAAUUCCUUUUUUUAUAUAUAUUUGUAAAUUUAAUCUUAAAUGAGCACUGCGAUUCCACCCCCUGCUGGCAAAGAAUGUUUAUAAUCUGGAUUUUCUUUUUUUUUUCUUUUUUCUUUAUCGUCUUCUGUUGCAUUUUAAAGUUAUUUUCGUUAAUUUAUUUUUCAAUACAAUAUUAAACCAAACUCCUACAACACAGA